AUGUCGAUUAUGCCUAUAGCUAAUAAUUUUCAUCAAGAAAAUGCAAAUAAUAUUAUAGCAGUGCAAGUUAGAUGGAAGAAACCGGAGCCCAGCGUGGUUACGACCGAGGCGAUAUCAAUGCGGAAUGGUCUGAAAUUUGCAAGCUCGCUAGGUUUCACGCGGAUGGAGGCGGAGUCGGACUCAUUGAUAGUAAUUGAAUCUUGUGAUGGCCAGACAAGAUGGUGGGAUGAAAUGGCUGCAAUUUUCGUUGAAUGUGUAGACAUUUCGUUUCUGAUUGGGAAGCCCGCCGCCGAUGGCACUAAGGUCAAGGUGCUGGCCGGGGAGGGGAAGGCGACGACCGUCGAGCAGAAGUUCAUCGAGAAGGUGAACCAAGCGUUCAAGAAGGCUCUGGACGCGGCCAACGCGGCGGCGCCCGACGACAAGUUUUCGGUGUUCGACGCCGCCUUCAACAGGGAGAUCAAGCAGUGCCUCGCCGGCAUGAGUGCCAAAUUCAUCGCCAUGAUCGACCGCGCCUUCAAGAUAGCGUACAACUCCGCCGUCGCCGCCACCAACGCGCAGGAAAAGUUCUCCUGCUUGGUGCUCACCCUCACGGAGGCCCUCCGCUUCAUUGCCGCCACCCUGGACGCCCACGCCAUCAAGCCAGCCAUGGAGGAGGUGGUUGCCGGAGGCAUGAAGGCCGCGGCCGGCGCGACGCAGGUCAUCAAGAAGCUCGACAAGGUCAUCAAGGCAGCCUCCGCUGCUGCCAAAGAAGCUCCGAAAGCCGACAGGAUCCUCGUGUUCCAAGCCGCCCUCAACAAGGCCAUCAAGGACCAGAUGGGCCCCGGCUACGACGGGAGCAAGACGACCUCCGAUCUCGACGCGGCGUUCAAAACGGCCGUCGACUCCGCCGCCACCUCCAAGCCCGAGGCUAAGGACACCGACCUAUAUUCAAAAGAAAUUCACCAUCUGUUCUUAGGCUAG